AUGAGUGGGUCAGUAGUAGACGCUUUCAAAAGCUUGAAGGUAGAUAGUGACUCCUCACCAUCAGAAUUCAAACACAUUUAUCAAGUAUCGUUUGAAUACUUGUCCAAAGUGAAAAAUUUCAACGAUUUGCAAUCGUUUAAGAAUUGUCUUGUGGCAUUGAUCAAUUUGGACCAAUAUGAACAAGCCACCAAAAUCAUUUCUAAAGUCCCCGAAAAUUUAAUUGAGCCAUUGAUUUUAGAAAUCACAUACGUUUAUUACAAGAUUGGGAAAUCAAGAGAAAUAUUGCAACUCUAUGAAAAAUACCAACCCAAAAUUGAGUCUAGACAAGUGCAAACAGGAUUGAAACAUGUCUUGGCGCAGACCCAUUAUAAAAUUGGUGAUUAUCAAAAAGCCUUGAGCUUGUAUAAAGAAUUGAUCAAUGCAUCGUCUGACAAUCAAAGUGAUCUAUUAGUCAAUGAACAAGCAAUUAUUUCACAGUUGAUUUUCCAAACCGAUGAGACAUCGGUGACAAGAUCUUGCUCGGAGUUGGAUUCCUCCAACUAUGACAUGUUAUUCAAUGAGGCUUUUAUAGAAAUUGCAAAAGCGAACUACGUUAAAGCUUUGCAAUUGUUGCAACAAGCCCACAAAGUGUGCUCUGAAAAUAACUUAACUGAUGAAGACCUUGAGACUGAAUUACUUCCAAUUAAUUUGACAAUUGCUUAUGUUUAUCAAGUACAGGGUAAAAAAGCAAAGAGUGAUGAAAUCUUGUUUGGUGUGAACAUUGACAAUGUACAUGAUACAUUGCUCAAAUUGAUUUUGAAAAAUAACAUUCAGUCAGAAAAGACUAUUGAUGAUGCAAACUUCAUUGACAGACAAUUAAACUAUUAUGAAACUAUUCGACAACUGAAGCAAAAGAUCACCUUGCUUCAGUUGGAGUCGUUUUUGAAAAACAGUUUAGUCUUGAGAUUUGCCACUGGUACAUUGUCCACCAACCAAUUAAACUCAGAAUCGUGUCUUAAUCUUGGAUUGGUUUCAGCGGCUUACAAAGUCUUGUCCAGGAAUGAUGUCAGCUACAAUAGUCUCAAAAGAGGAAAAAACAAACCAGUGGGUAGAAAGUUGGUACGGUAUAUUCGAAAAGAGUCUAAAUCGGAUCUAAAGGAAGCGGCAGUGUUACUCUUGGUCUAUGCCAAUUCACAAACUGGUUCUUUUGAUCAAAGUUUACCAUUCUUGGAGAAACUUGCUAUGGAAUCACAAGAUCAACCUAAAUUCUCUCCUGGGCUUAUUGGAACUCUUAUACAUGUUUAUGAAGCUACCCACAAUAUCAAUAAACUAAGGACAUUGCUUACAAACUUGACUGAAAGGUUAUUAUACACCACAGGGGAUGCAUUCAAGGAUGAAAACUAUUACAAUUGUGCCAAGAUUAUUGCCAUGAAGAACUACGGUUUUAACAGUGAUAGCUCCAAACAAUUGUUUGAGUUUUUACAUGGCUCAAAACCGGAUGAUGAGUUGAUAAAUUCUCUUUUGUCAAAUUCAAACGAUAAUUUGACAUCAGUUUCAGAGUUGGAGUCGUCCAAAUCCAUUGAAGACAUUUUAUCCAUCAACUUGGAUGAAUUGAUACCAAGCAAAACCAAGCCAACUCAGUCAGUGGUUAAAAAAUCAAGCAAAAUCACAAAAAGGAAGCGCUCUCCUAAAUUUGGAAAGGACAAGGUGAUUAAGCCUGAAGGUGAAUUUAAAUUAGACGAUGAAAGAUGGUUGCCUUUGAAAUUGAGAAGUUAUUACAAGCCAACAAAGAAGGAUAGGAAGAAAACAAGUGCAGGGCAUCAAGGUGCAGUCGAGUCAUCUCCUGCCCCUACAGCACAUACAUCACUGGGCAAUAGUAACAAAAAGAAGAAGAAGAAGGGUAAAAAGUAG